AUGUCCACCGAGACGGACGAGCUGCGACGGCUGGAGACGUGCGCCGCGGGCUCGUACGAGAUCGGCGAGCUCGUGGCUCGCGGCGGUUUCGCCAGGUGCGUGGUCCGUCACGGGCGCGGUACAUCAGUCGUGAUCGUCUUCCCAUUCGUAGUCGCGGCGGUGGCGUGUCGAGCGACCGCCCGAUUCCGAGCUCCCCGCGCUGACCUCCAUCGCGCCCCCGCGUCUCUUCCCACGAUCCGCAGCGUCCGCGCGUGUCGACGCGCGGACGACCGCGGCGAGCCGCUCGUCGUCAAGGUGACGUCCCUGGGGCGCGGAGCCGACGGCGGGGGCGGGAUCUCGGUCGCCGCCGCCCGGCGCGUCGCCGCGGAGGUGCGGGCGCUCCUCGCGCUCGACGGCACCGGCGGCGCCGUCCCAUCGGACGACGACGACGACGACGACGACGACGACGCGUCGCGCGCGCUCUUCCCGCGCCUCCACGAUUUCUACCUCGUGACGGGGUCCCCGUCGGCCCCUUCCCACCCGGUGGAAUCGCACCUCGUCACCACAAUGUGCGCCGGCAGCCGCGACCUCCGCGCGUACAUUCGCGCCGCGCGCGCCGACCGCCGCGUCGGCCUGCCGGAGUCGCAGGCGCGGUUCUACCUCGUGGAGCUCGCGGCGGCGCUCCACGCGGUGCACACGCGCGCGUUACUCGCGCACGGCGACGUCAAGCCCGACAACGUCGUCGUCGACGCGAUCACCGGACACAUCUUACUCGUCGACUACGACCUCGCCAAACCGUUGCCAAACCAUCGCCAAACGAUCGCCAAACGACCGCCGCCAAACGACCAUCGCCAAACGGCCAUCGCCAAACGAGUCGUCGUCGCCGGGACGGAGGCGUACGCGUCGCCGGAGCUCGCCGCCGGCGCCGCUCCCGACGCCGCGUCCGACUGGUGGGCGUUCGCCGUCGUGGCGUACGAGCUGUGCCACGGGAACGUCCCCUUCGAACCCGGCUCCGGCGUCGCUUCCACCCACCGCGUGUGUUUCCCCCCGCCGACCAGUGGCGGGCCGUCGCCGGGGGUGUCGGAGGAUAUGAAGGGGAUGAUCGUCGCGAUGACGCGGCGGCCCGUCGCGGCGGCGACGGAUCGGUUGGGCGGUUGGAGCGAGUUGGUUUCGUGUGGGGUGUUCGUUGGGUUGGAACGGGCGCGACGGGGCGGGGUGCCGAUUGAGGAGGGGUGGGUGACUCUGCCGGGGGACGCGUGGGGGACGGGCGGGUCUUCCUUUCCGGCACGGAACGACGCUUGA